GGAGAGGGGAGCGCCGGGGUGACGUCAUGGUGAACCACAUCCACAGCAGCAGCAGCAGGAGGGGCGAGGAGGUGGCCAGCCGCUGAUCCACCGGUACCAUGGCUUCCUAACAGGAGGGGGAAGUGACUGAGAGGAAAACAAGGGUUUUUGUUGAAUGUCCGACUGAUAAUCGACCCUUUCGGGAACCUGAGACUGGGACAGAGGGGCUCGGCCUCCCCGUUCGCCCCCACGGAGUCAGAGCGUUGCUGAUAUUAUUCGUAUCGGUGAAUUUCCAUUCGUGAUCCGUUGAAGAUGGCCGACCCGGCGGAGUGCACCAUCAAAGUGAUGUGCCGUUUCAGGCCCCUGAACAGCUCCGAGGUGACCAGAGGCGACAGAUACAUCCCCAAGUUCCAAGGGGAGGACACUUGUAUAAUCGCGUCCAAACCGUACAUGUUCGACAGAGUGUUUCAGUCAAGUACAACACAGGAGCAAGUGUACAACGCCUGCGCCCAGAAGAUUGUCAAAGAUGUUCUCGAGGGAUACAACGGGACAAUUUUUGCAUAUGGGCAGACAUCAUCUGGCAAAACACACACCAUGGAGGGGAAUCUCCAUGACACAGAUGCAAUGGGCAUCAUCCCCAGGAUAGUGCAAGAUAUCUUCAACUAUAUCUACUCCAUGGAUGAAAACCUGGAGUUUCAUAUCAAAGUUUCAUAUUUUGAAAUUUACUUAGACAAGAUCCGGGACCUGUUGGAUGUGUCAAAGACCAAUCUGUCAGUGCAUGAAGACAAAAACAGAGUACCCUAUGUCAAGGGCUGCACUGAGAGAUUCGUCUGCAGCCCAGAGGAGGUGAUGGACACGAUUGAUGAAGGCAAAUCAAACAGACAUGUAGCAGUUACAAACAUGAACGAGCACAGCUCCAGGAGUCACAGUAUCUUCCUGAUCAACGUCAAACAGGAGAACACUCAGACGGAGCAGAAGCUCAGCGGCAAGCUUUACCUCGUGGAUCUGGCUGGAAGUGAAAAGGUCAGUAAAACGGGAGCAGAGGGAGCUGUGCUGGAUGAAGCCAAGAACAUCAACAAGUCUCUGUCGUCCCUGGGAAACGUCAUCUCUGCUUUGGCUGAAGGAACGGCCUACAUCCCAUACCGAGACAGCAAGAUGACCCGUAUCCUGCAGGACUCGCUGGGUGGUAACUGUCGAACCACCAUCGUCAUCUGCUGCUCGCCUUCCUCUUACAAUGAGUGCGAAACCAAAUCCACCCUCAUGUUUGGACAAAGAGCAAAGACCAUCAAGAACACGGUCACUGUGAACGUCGAGCUCACAGCGGAGCAGUGGAAGCAGAAGUAUGAGAGGGAGAAGGAGAGGAAUAAGACCCUGAGGAACACCAUCACCUGGCUGGAGAACGAGCUCAACCGCUGGAGGAAUGGUGAGAGCGUGCCGGUGGAGGAGCAGUUCGACAAGGAGAAGGCCAACGCCGAGGUGCAGGCCCUGGACAACAUACUGAACGAGAAGCCGGCCACCACGCCCAAUAUGCCGGGCGGUCGCCUCACCGACGUGGAGAAGGACAAGUGUGAGGCUGAGCUGGCCAAGCUUUACAAACAGCUGGAUGAUAAGGACGAGGAAAUCAACCAGCAGAGCCAGCUGGCUGAGAAGCUGAAGACGCAGAUGCUGGACCAAGAGGAGCUUCUGGCCUCCUCCCGUCGCGAUCACGAGAACCUCCAGGCGGAGCUGAACCGCCUGCAGGCAGAGAACGAAGCCUCCAAGGACGAGGUGAAGGAGGUGCUUCAGGCUCUGGAGGAGCUGGCCGUCAACUACGAUCAGAAGAGUCAGGAGGUGGAGGAUAAGACGAAGGAGUUUGAGGCCAUCAGCGAGGAGCUGAACCAGAAAUCGUCCAUCCUGUCAUCUCUGGACUCUGAGCUCCAGAAGUUGAAGGAGAUGUCUAACCACCAGAAGAAGAGGGUGACAGAGAUGAUGUCUUCACUGCUCAAAGACCUGGCUGAGAUCGGCAUUGCCGUAGGCAGCAAUGACAUCAAGCAACACGAGGGCGGCAGCGGCAUGAUAGACGAGGAGUUCACGGUGGCCCGUCUCUACAUCAGUAAGAUGAAGUCGGAGGUGAAGACCAUGGUGAAGCGCUGCAAGCAGCUGGAGAGCACCCAGUCUGAGAGCAACAAGAAGAUGGACGAGAACGAGAAGGAGCUGGCUGCCUGCCAGCUGCGCAUCUCUCAGCACGAGGCGAAGAUCAAGUCUCUGACUGAGUACCUGCAGAAUGUGGAGCAGAAGAAGAGACAGCUGGAGGAGAACGUGGACUCUCUCAAUGAGGAACUCGUCAAGCUCAGCGCUCAGGAGAAAGUCCACGCCAUGGAGAAAGAGAACGAGAUCCAGACUGCCAAUGAAGUCAAGGAAGCUGUGGAGAAGCAGAUCCACUCCCACCGUGACGCUCAUCAGAAGCAGAUCAGCAGCCUGAGAGAUGAGCUGGACAACAAGGAGAAACUCAUCACUGAGCUGCAGGAUCUGAACCAGAAGAUCAUGCUGGAGCAGGAGAGACUCAGAGUCGAGCACGAGAAGCUCAAGUCCACCGACCAGGAGAAGAGCCGCAAGCUGCACGAGCUCACGGUGAUGCAGGACAGAAGGGAGCAGGCCAGACAGGACCUGAAGGGUCUGGAGGAGACAGUGGCCAAAGAGCUGCAGACUCUGCACAACCUGAGGAAGCUCUUCGUCCAGGACCUGGCUACCAGAGUGAAGAAGAGCGCUGAGAUGGACUCAGACGACACAGGUGGGAGUGCAGCUCAGAAGCAGAAAAUUUCCUUUCUUGAGAACAAUCUUGAGCAGCUCACCAAAGUUCACAAACAGCUGGUGCGUGAUAAUGCAGACCUGCGCUGUGAGCUUCCUAAACUGGAGAAGCGUCUUCGCGCUACGGCUGAGCGGGUCAAGGCCCUGGAGUCUGCUCUGAAGGAGGCCAAGGAGAACGCCGCUCGCGACCGCAAGCGCUACCAGCAGGAGGUGGACCGCAUCAAGGAGGCCGUCAGGGCCAAGAACAUGGCCAGGAGGGGCCACUCUGCCCAGAUUGCCAAGCCCAUCAGGCCCGGGCAGCAGCCGGUGGCGUCUCCCACCCACCCCAACAUCAACCGCAGCGGGGGAGGCUUCUACCAGAACAGCCAGACAGUUUCCAUUAGGGGCGGAGUCAGCGCCAAGCCAGACAAAAACUGAAGAGCAGCGGUAUCGAAGGACGACACCACUGAAGAAGAAGCCAACAUCACCCCUGCCCACCCUGACAUCCUGUCAUUCCAUAACAGCGAACAGGCUCCUCGUUGCUGCUUUGGAGCCACGAAGGAGUUUCUGAAUUAUAAAUAUAUAUAUAUAAAUAUUCCUGGCCUGUACAGCUCCACCCCACCCCACCCCUCACCUCCACCCCUCUCCUCCCCCCCCCCACACCCCUACGAUUCUCAUCAUGACUUAUCUCUUUUUCUCCUACUGGAUAUAAUAGCAAAAAAAAACAAAAAAACAACAACAAAUUUAAUUUACAAAAAGGCAAAAAUAAUAUUCUCAUCCACCGAAACCAAACGCAGUCUUGAGCGCAGGCUCGGCGAGCGAAAAAACCGCGCGCACCUCCGAAUGUGUUGCUUUGGGUUUUAUGUUUUGCACAGUCUGUCGUCAUCCGUCGUCGUCGUGCGAGUAGUUCUGCACUGUGCCAAGCUGAAUGUAACGGUAGAAAGAGCCGAAAAAAUACGACAAAAACCACAAAAAAAAACAACUUUAAAGGAAAAAGACCAAAAAAAAAACAAAGGAAAGGAGACCCUCCCACCAGAACUAGCUUGACCCUAUAGGCUAACCUCUGUACAUUUCCUCAUUACUAUUAUCGGUUGUUAACCACACUUUCUCUGAUAGAUUUUACAUGCUUCUUAAAAGAAAAAAAAACGUAAAAAAAGUCUAAACUGUUUUGAAUUGAUAGAUGGCGUCGAGCACUACUGUUCUGUCCCAGUAUUGUACAGAUGUAAAAUUGGCACUGCUGCACACGAUCCUCUACGGAGAGAGAGAGAGAGAGCUGACGGAUGAAAAGAAGGAUUCAAAACGGAGAAGUGGACACGUGCGACAGUGUACUGUAGAUGUAUUUAACUCAACACCUGUGGAGGCCAAUUGUUUUUAUCAUAAGUUAAAAUACAACCUAUACUCGUGUAUCGGUGACGUCAUGAGAAGGAUAUAAAGAAUGUAGAAAGGAAGGAAGGAAGAGAAUGAUCCGGUUAUCACAACAAACUUCCACCUUUCUCUUUUUAGCACAGCCCAUGCUUACAUAGCUAAAUGUACGUGUUUUUACUUCUCUCUCGCCGUGUUAAUUAAUGGACGCUAUUUAUACCCGUCUGCACAUUGGAGCACAUAGACCGAGAUAGCACACGCAAUGCUCGUCCUGUCCUAGCCGGGUCGCUGUCACUCACUCAUCUCCUGGAGCAGGUUCCUGGUUAGUGGUUUUGAUCCCCCGAAAUCAUGACUUCAAGGGUGCCUCGCUUUCAUUUCAUUUUCUGUCUCCCCUCUCUCACCCCCUUUUUUUUGUUGUUGUUGUUGUUCUCAUAGAUUUAGCCCCUCACUGUAAUUACUCGUGCCCCCCCCCCCUUUUCGGUUGUAAAUUUGCAGAACAGCGACGUGUGUUUCUUGCUGGGUGUAUGUACUGUAUCUCUCAUUGUUCCACAUGUGGUGUAGAUGCAUAUUUGACGGGGGAGCUGCAGGCCGGAUGGGUCAGACCCUUUGCUGCUGAUCAACCAAUCAGGAGAGCAGGGUCUAAAAUUGCACAACAAUCUUCUGUCAUCGUCUGGAGGAGUGUUUCUGUAGUUAGAUCUAGUCAGGGGUGUAGGAUUUAUUUUGUGUUCUGUUGUCUUGCUUGUAUUUUUAGUGUUUUUUUUUCAAUUUUCCCAUGACGGCUUGUUUUAUUUUUGUUUGUUUAUUUGUUUUAACCCUGUGAUUAAGCCCCAGUACGUUGGCAAAGAGCUUGUGAAGAUUGUAACCCCAGCGUGAGAACACUAAUAUAUUGUGCAAGUGCAAUAUACUGUAAAAUACACUGUAUGCCCGUCAACAGGCAGGUGGGAUCAGGGUGUGCUUGAAACAGAAGUCCCGCCAUUCGAUCGACAGCAUCAUUUCUUCCCUUUCUGAAAAGCUGAGCUCGACUGUAAACCGUUAAAACUUUCAGGUGCAGAUCUCGCUCUUAAAAGAAGACGUUUCAGCUUUUCAGAAACGAGAGAAACGCAGGAUCGAAACACAUUUCGUGGCUGAGUAAGCGGAGCAAACGGAGCUCCAAAGCGGGGGCGGGAUUCUGGCUUUCUGCUCGCAGGAUGUCAAACUAACACCUGUCAUCGUGCUGCAGGAAAGUUCAUUUUGAUAGCACUUCCUCACAAAACCUGCACUCACACAAACACUCCAUGCGUGGCUGUUUCUGAGCGGAGGAGGAGAAGUUUGAAGCCGUGUAAAGCAAACUGUUGACACGUAAAUUAAAUAAUCACUUUGUAAAAGUCGCCGGGAGGAGUAGCUCCCCUGUAUCUAAGACAGGACAGUGUUUGGUGUCUAUCGAGAUGGUUUAAUCCCUCUGUGUAAUCUUCUAGAUUAGCUAAGACUUGCAGCAUGGACCUCAAAAUGUUCAUCCUUUGACCUUCCACCAAAACUGGAACUGAAACGGGGAGGGAGGGGGGGACAGUUGAUUAGAACAACAAAGGUUAUCGUGGUGAUUACAGAAAUGAAAUUUUACAUGAAUUCUAAAUUAAAAACAAAGUGUAGCCACUUUUUUUAUUACUGUGUAAUAGUUGGUCAAUUUUAAACGGACAGUUUUGAGGAUCCAUCAGUGGACAAGGUACUGGAUCAUUCCUGGAGAACUGGGGCACAAAUAGCAGGGCUCUGUUAUGGACGGAGAUGGGAAGUUCAUGAGAUCACAGUUUUGGAUUGAUUGCAUGAUGUAAAUGUAUGUGUGAUUAAAUAAUUAUGAGAAAGA